GGAGGCUGAGGAAGGGCAUGAAUUAUGCAUGAUGCUGCAAGUCGCUCUGCCUCCCUGACUGGUCCUUGGACUGUGGCAAGUGAGGUAAAGGCAGAAGAAAAAAAAUACCCUCUCCAGGGACCGGCGUGGCGGUUGGCAGCGAGCGAGGGAGCGCGCACGCAAGGAGGAGGAGAGGGAGGAGCACAUCCUAAUGCAGAGAUGCUGCAGUGGCUUUGGGCACACACAUCCACACUCGGGCAGGCACCAGCCAAGCGCUGCCUCGCAGCCGAGCCCCCGGCGCACGCACCCGCCCCGCACAAGGGCUGCUGUCCCCAACCACCCGCAGAGGCGCCGCCGCGGAGGCUGUAACCUGGCCGGAGGUGCAGGAUGGGAGUCGCCGCUGGAUUUCUCCGCACAUCCCUACCUGUCCUCACCGCCCUGGUUUGGUGCCAAGCGCAGAGUAGCACAAGGAACUACGGACCCGUGUUUGAAGAGCAGCCUGUGCACACCCUCUUCCCUGAAGGCUCAGCAGAAGAGAAAGUCACGCUUUCCUGCCGAGCAAGAGCCAGUCCUCCUGCGACCUACAGGUGGAAGAUGAAUGGCACAGAGAUAAAGAUGGAGCCAGAUUCCCGUUACAGGCUGGUUGCAGGUGACCUAGUGAUAAGCAACCCAGUGAAAGCCAAGGAUGCCGGCUCCUACCAAUGUGUGGCAUCUAAUUCCAGGGGCACGGUGGUCAGCAGAGAAGCCUCCCUCCGCUUUGGCUUUUUGCAGGAAUUCUCUGCAGAAGAGCGAGACCCCGUGAAGAUUACAGAAGGCUGGGGAGUGAUGUUCGCCUGCAGCCCUCCUCCCCACUACCCAGGUUUAUCCUAUCGAUGGCUCCUGAAUGAAUUUCCCAAUUUCAUCCCAGCCGAUGGAAGGCGUUUCGUCUCUCAGACCACGGGAAACCUUUACAUUGCUAAGACAGAGGCUUCCGACCUGGGGAACUAUUCAUGCUUUGCCACCAGCCACAUCGACUUCAUCACCAAGAGCGUGUUCAGCAAGUUCUCCCGGCUCAGCCUCACUGCAGAGGAUGCCAGGCAGUACGCACCCAGCAUAAAAGCCAGGUUUCCUGCAGACACCUACGCUCUGGCUGGGCAGAUGGUGACUUUGGAGUGUUUUGCCUUUGGAAACCCCGUUCCUCGAAUCAAGUGGAGGAAGCUGGACGGCUCGCAGUCCUCCAAGUGGAUCGGCAGCGAGCCCCUCUUGCAGAUCCAGGAUGUUGGCUUUGAGGAUGAAGGGACUUAUGAGUGUGAGGCUGAAAACAUCAAAGGGAGAGACACCUACCAGGGCCGCAUCAUCAUUCAAGCUCAGCCGGAGUGGCUAAAGGUGAUCACAGACACGGAAGCCGAUAUCGGGUCCGACCUGCGAUGGAGCUGUGCGGCCGCCGGCAAACCCAGGCCCGCCGUCCGAUGGCUUCGGGACGGGCAACCGCUGACCUCCCAGAACCGCAUCGAAGUGAGCGGUGGAGAGCUGAGAUUUUCCAAGCUAGUCCUGGAGGACUCUGGCAUGUAUCAGUGUGUGGCUGAGAACAAGCAUGGCACAGUAUAUGCAAGUGCUGAAUUAACAGUGCAAGCCUUAGCACCAGAUUUUAGACUAAACCCAGUGAAGCGACUGAUACCUGCAGCCCGAAGUGGGAAGGUCAUCAUUCCGUGCCAACCAAGAGCAGCACCAAAAGCCACUGUGCUCUGGACCAAAGGGACUGAACUUCUCAUCAACAGUAGCAGGGUGACUAUUACCACAGAUGGCACCUUGAUCCUCCAGAAUAUCAGCAAAUCCGAUGAGGGAAAGUAUACCUGCUUUGCUGAGAAUUUCAUGGGCAAAGCCAACAGUACUGGAAUCCUCUCUGUUCGAGAUGCCACCAAAAUCACAUUGGCACCAUCUAGCGCUGAUAUCAACGUAGGUGAAAACCUCACUCUACAAUGUCACGCAUCCCAUGAUCCAACUAUGGACCUAACCUUCACCUGGUCACUGGAUGAUUUCCCCAUUGACUUUGACAAGUCUGAGGGGCACUACCGGCGAGCCAGCGUGAAGGAAGCUAUUGGAGACCUCAGCAUCUUCAACGCCCAGCUGAGGCACUCGGGGCGGUACACGUGUACAGCCCAGACAGUUGUGGACAGUGCUUCGGAGUCAGCCACGCUGACUGUCAGAGGACCUCCAGGCCCCCCCGGAGGUGUGGUGGUGAGAGACAUCAGUGACACCAGCGUCCAGCUGAGCUGGAGCCGCGGCUUUGAUAACCACAGCCCUAUCGCCAGGUACAUCGUCGAGGCGCGGACCCUCCUCUCCAGCAAAUGGAAGCAAAUGCGUACCAAUCCUGUAAAUAUUGAAGGCAACGCAGAGACAGCCCAGGUGGUGAACCUCAUUCCUUGGAUGGAUUACGAGUUUCGGGUCUUAGCGAGUAACAUUCUUGGAGUUGGGGAGCCAAGUUUACCCUCCAGCAAAAUCCGUACCAAAGAAGCAGCACCUACUGUGGCACCAUCUGGGCUCAGCGGCGGCGGAGGGGCUCCCAACGAGCUGAUCAUCAACUGGACACCGACACUGCGGGACUAUCAGAACGGAGAUGGCUUUGGCUACAUCUUGUCGUUUCGCAAGAAAGGCACCCAGGGGUGGCUGACAGCAAGGGUGCCACACGCGGAAUCGCUGCACUACGUCUACCGCAACGAGAGCAUUGGUCCCUACACCCCCUUCGAGGUGAAGAUCAAAGCAUACAACAGAAAAGGAGAGGGACCGGAGAGCCUCACUGCCAUCGUGUACUCUGCAGAAGAAGAACCGAAAGUGGCUCCUUUCAGAGUUAUGGCCAAGGCCGUUCUGUCCUCAGAAAUGGAUGUGUCCUGGGAGCCCGUUGAGCAGGGGGACAUGACUGGAGUGCUUUUGGGCUACGAGAUCCGGUACUGGAAGGAUGGUGAUAAAGAGGAGGCAGCUGACAGAGUGAGAACAGCGGGGCUGGUCACAUCGGCUCAUGUAACAGGCCUAAACCCCAACACGAAAUACCACGUGUCAGUCAGAGCUUACAACCGGGCUGGAACCGGCCCCCCCAGUCCCUCUACCAACGUCACGACAACAAAACCACCACCGAAGAGGCCACCUAGCAACAUCUCGUGGACUCUAUCUGGGUCUACGGUCAGCAUCAAGUGGGACCCAGUGGUGGCGAAGGCAGACGAGUCUGCAGUUACAGGGUACAAGAUGCUUUACAGGCAGGAUUCCCACUCUGCUCCCACCCUAUACCUGGCCAGCAAGAGCCGGAUCGACAUCCCCAUCCCUGAAGACUUCACUCACGCCUUUGUACAGAUCCGGGUGACGGGGCCCGGGGGAGAUGGAAUCCCAGCAGAAGCUCACAUCCUCCGAAACAGUGGGACAAGUAUGAUGGUGGAAGACUCCGUGACGAGACCAGUGCCACACGCUGUCGUUAUCACAACUAACUCUCUAGUAAUGGUGGCCCUGAUCAGCUACCUGGAGCUCUGACGAUGGCCAGCGCAGCUGAGGACUCCCGGACACGCUUCCUCCCAAGCCAGCGGGGAACUACGUAAUACUUGGCUGCUGCAUCUUCAAGUUUGUACCACAGCAGCACCCCAGAGAAAGGAUCUGACAACGGUGUUUUAAGGGAGGAAGAAAGAAACAGCUUUUUUUUGUUUGUUUUGGAAGAAUAUAAGCUUUCAUACAAGACAUGGGUCUUUAACCAAUUAAAAAUUUUUUAAAGAAACAAGAAAAACGAAGAAGAAUUCUACACGAAUUCUGACAGCCAACCGCCCCACACACUGUAUCCAGUAGGUUUUCUGCCUUAUGAAGCCAUGUACUAAAAUAACCAGACUGAUAAACUUGACUUUUUUUUUUUUUUUUUUUUUUUUAAUAUGUACAGUGAAUUUUGGGGGGGUAAGGGGAGGAUGGGGACUGAGGAUUUCACAGCGAUCAGCAUGUUCCGUAUCAAUCCCCGUCACAGCCAUCUCUAACAAAUUAUGGGACAAGAUUUUCCAUCCCCCCCCACCCCCCCCCGCCAUAAUAUGAGCCAAAUUCUGCAGCAACCAGCCCAAGGAGAAAAAGCCACAGGAGAGAUUGAUCUCUGCCCCAUCCUGAAGAUCAGUGAACGCAGAGUUUAGAUUGUGAAAAGCUUUUUUUACGACACUGGUGUUAACUUGCAACCCCAGCCUAUUGUUUGUAUCAACUGUUAUGCUGUGAGGCACAACAUUCAAUGUUAUCCAUAUUCCACAUGAUUUUGGGGUGUUUCUGUUCUACUGUUUGCUUCUUUCCUUUUUUUUGGGUGGGGGAGGAGAAGGGGUAAGUGAAAGGAGACACUUUUCUAGCAUCCGUUAAUUUGGGGAGGCAGUUCUGCCUAAUGUAGAUGUCAACAUAUCCAAUUUCAAUAGAGAGAGGGUCUUAAAGAAGGAAGAAAAAGGAAUAUUACAUAAUUUAACCAAGAACUCAAGGAAGCCAUCACUGGUGCAACAAGGAAAAUUUGGACUCCGACAGAUUCAUCUCCCUACACAAACAGUUCCGUCCAGCCGAAACACCAGCCUCAACCUGGGAGUGCAAGACUGAGAUUCAGUCACUAAGUUCAGCCUGGUUUCAGCCCCAAGGCUCCAGCCCCAAGGCUCAUACAGCUGAUGUAAGUGGGAGGGCUGAUACCCCAAAGACGUACAGGGAUGCUGAGCUGCACCGUUAACUAAAAUGGUUGGGAAUAGAUGCUGCAUAUUAAAAAUCCCUCUGUCUCCCAGUAAAGCAAUCAAACAACGAAAGUUAACUAGAAGCCGAUUUACAUUGCUUGCUGGUUAGAUCCCAAGGGCGCUUUUAGGGACCUUUACCGGCCUGUACCUUCCCCCUUCCCCACAGACAACGCUGCUGGCCUGAGCAACCUCAGUUCCACAAUUACUUGACAAAGGGCUACACUUGCAGGACUCUGCAAUGGCAAGGGACUGACGUACAGUUUCUAUGCUAGAUACCAAUUCCUUGCCCUUGCUAAUCAUUUUAAAACUCUCACAUCCUAGGCCUUAGUGAGCAUUUGAGAGAUUACAUGCAUAAAUCCCUGGCCUCCCCGAGGAGCUACGCCUGUUGCAUAUAUUCACAGUAUCCCUUUACAAUUCUUUUAGCGUCUGGAAUCAAGAGGGUAAACGCACCGGUAGGUUCACACCGUGGGAUGAGGAAGGGCUCCUAUGUGUUCAGCAAACAAGAGAAUUGUUUUAAGAAACAGGCAAAGAAAAAAAAAAACUUAACGAAACAGUCUAAACAUUUUCAGCACAGCUGCAGCAAAAAGAAAGGGUACCUCACUCUUUCCAUUACAAAUAACGUGGGAUAAGGUGGAAAAAAGAAGACAACAGCUCCCCCUGACACAUGGCAGGCAGCAAAGGCAGGGAACCAUCACCCCCAGAGCCCGUCCUGAGCUUCCUCGGGGUCCCCCUGCAGCUCUCCAUGAAUUACCCCUCGGUCCCUCGAGCAGGCUGAAACACUUCUUUCAGAAGGAGAACAGUUAAAUAUAAAUUAUAUUUUUGUAUGAUUUAUGUUCUUGGAGAUUUUAAAAUAUUUUCAUUGGUGUUUGGAAGCUUUGUUUGGCAAAACACUUUAUGUUGUUAAUUCCGCAUUUUUGUUAUCACCUCCGUAUUGCUGGGAUUUCAACCUUUCUCCCACAAAAGAUGGGAUGAAAGGAAAAUUAGGAAUUCAGUGUUAGCUCAAAAGCAAAGCAAAUUAGGGCUUGGGCAACAGUCACCCGAUCAAUAUGCAGAACUAGCGGUAGCCAUGACGACAAAAUUUAGGAGGCAUAAACUAAGUGGACCUACGGAGCUUCAGAGGACUGCUGGAUGAUGUCCACUGCCCCUGCAGAAGCGUGGGCCUGAUUCGUGAGAGGAGCAAACAAAAGCAGCAAGGUUAGGUGACGUGCCCAGAGCCUUCACCGAACGGAGACGCAGGUGCUGGAGGCACCCCAGGUCCUGCGGAGUAGCCAGCAUUCUGCAGGGGGGACCAGAACAGAAAUCCCUCGCACUGAAGGCGUCUGCUGCGCUCCUCGGGAGGAAUCGCUGAGCAGGAGGGAGCCGCUUUAGUGCACGGCUCGGCCACAGUCAUGAGGUUCAUACUGGUUUCAGGCACAGACUCUGCACGAGGCCAAAUGUGUUCGCCCCACUGUGCAUCAAAAUCCCAUCCAGGGCAGCCAAAAAGCCAGCUCCACCAAGGGGCUGCUCUGCCUGCAUGCCCACGGACACAGCCAAUUCCCUUCAAGAGGGACACUAGACACCUCCAGGGCUGAAGAACAUGCUUGGAUGGACCACAUGGUGGAUGAACUCGCCCGAACAAGCAAAGCGAAGCAAGGUCUUCCUGCCAGCGUCAAGGUUCGGCAUCAGCCUAGGUCUGACCACGCCGGCUGUGCAAUGUCUCUGGCAGAAACUUGGUCUCAACAGAUGCUUCCAAACAUGUCUGGUAAUGCUGGUGGCUCUGUCUGUUUUAUUGAACUUUACAGUGUUGGAAAGCAAGACGCUUUAUAGCAUGGUGAAAAUAGUAUCUGAAGUGGGUUUUAAAUAGCAGCCACCUGCAACAUUUCCCUGGGAAGGUUAAUACAUUUUCCAUACAUUUCUCUGUUAAACUAGAUCACGGGCACAUUUUAUAUAAGGAGUGAAAAACUACAUGAGUCGGAUUUCAAAUGUUCCAGUUUGUACUGCUCUGCAUUGCAAAUGGACUGAAUAUAUUCCAAUUUGUAAAACUGAUGGGACGGUAUUUUCUAAAGCCUUCAAAUGACAAGUAGAUCCUCUUGAAACUUAAAUGCCUUCAAUCUGAAUUCAAGCUAUGCCUCUUUUUUGAGAAACUAAAUUAUCAGUACAUAGAGUUUCAUCAGCAUGCAUUUUAAACGAAAACACUGCUGAGCUUUUGCAACAUUUUAAGGAUGACACAUCAAAGCAAAGAGCUAUGACCUAGUGAUAACCACAACGGCCUUACAAUCACUUGCUGUAAUCCCAGUUCUGACACUGACUCCCAUCUAUGGCUCCAAGCAAUUAUUUCACCACUCACUGCCUGUUUCCUUUCCUGAAAAGCGAGGCACGAGGGGCUCAGUGUGUAUGUGCAAGUUUUUUUGCCGUUUGAAAGCCUCUGUGUGUUCACGCUGCUGUCAGAGGGGUGGCUGCAGCUCACGCGGGGUAUCACACCUGACUCACACCACCUCGCUCGGGCACCAGGAGCAGCGUACCUGCGCCAGCACGGGCGUCAGCGAGGCUGAUCGGUCACCGUCCCGGUGUCCUUGGUGGCAAACCUGUCCUUGUAUCUGGUGCUGUCUCUGCUGUCUAGUCCUUAUCUAACUCGGCCAGCCACAGCUCAGCCGACAGCAAUGUUUCCUGAGCAUUAGCAUAAACUAUGAAAAAAACACACGGUAAACAGGCAGUCUCUCCCCCACAGAUUUUUUUUGAAAUGUGGGGGAAUUUGUUGAUACUCCAAAGCUGCAGAACAGAAAAGAUAGUGGCACGUUAUGAAAUACUACAGGUAAAGCACAGGGAAACACCCUGGGUGAAGGACAGGGGACACUGGGAAGAUUUUCCGCUUGCAGCACCGGUAGAUGAGAAAGGCCAAGUUCAGCCCCAGAGGGUUACCGGCUAAACCCCACUCCAGGCAAAACAGCUCCAUUUUUGUGUGUAGACACAAGCCACGGUAACACAAAGACUGCCUUGUCUCCAGCAGUCCCUUCUGCCUUUUUAUUUAUCAGGGGCUUAGGUGACCCACAGAAAAGGAAUUGCACAUGCAAAAGCAGCAUUUCUACCUACUUAAAAUUCACCGAGGCUAUGAAAAAAUACAUAUAAAACCUCACCAAAGCCACCAACGUGAGAAUAAGGUGUGGAAGAAACCUUCCGUGAAACCACUUAGAGCUUCCUAAAAUGCAGCCCAGGGGCUAAAAGGAAAGGUGUUCAGAGCUGGGGGAGAAAACUUACAUUUCAACAUCCUAACAGAGUUUACUGGCUUUUUACACAAUUGCAUUAAGUUGCAAAUCAAUUUCCUGUCUCAUUAAGAAUCCCCUACAUUUAAUCGCUCUGAGCUUUUGCUUUAGAGAUUAACUUACAGGGAUGAGUUAAGUGCCGUGGUUUCUGUUCUCAGCACUGUAAUGGCUCACUAAGGAAAGUCAUCUAAUUUCACAGGCUCCAUCUGACUUGUCAGUAGCGAAAACCACCCCGACAAGGGUGCUGCAAGGAGUGUGCAAAAAGGGUGAAAUAUUUUGCAACUCCCAAACGAGAGGGGUUUUACAGUCUGAUUUAUUCACAUUUAACAUAAGGUAAUCUUCUACCUGAUACUACUGAAUUUACAGACCGAAGAUUGCUCUUCUGGUUUCAGGUUGUCCGGGCUAAAUUCAGCACUCGGCUAUAUGAGUUUGAAGGAGGAACAGCUCGCAUUUGCAGCAGGACAGGGGAAGUGGUGUGCCCUGAACGGGAGACGCUCAUAUCUUUGCCCAAGAAAUGAGUUGGAUAACGCAGGCAUCACAUCCAGCUAACGCCUGGGGCGUCUAAAUCCCAUCUGCUCUACACCUGCAAAGCUAUCUAUCCCCCAUCCACAGAAACUCUCUGCUGUGAAUAUUUUAAUCCAGCUUCAUUGCACACAAACAGGGCAGUUUUCUUCUCAGUAACUUUGUUGUACGCUAUUUUUUUAAGAAAACCAAACGGGAAACAUUGUAAGCAUACUGUACUUAUUGUAAUUAUGGUUAUUUAUUGGCUACAGUAGCACGCAGUUCAUAAAUAAAGAUCUUCAGAGACUUU